GGCAGGCCUCGCGUGGUGGGCGGAAACGUGUGAAUGCGAAAGCGAAAGACGCGUCAAAAGGUGGCUCAGCGUUUGCAGAAGGAGCCUACUUGGUCUUUGCCUUGAACCUCUCCCUGGAAGCCUCCAAACCAAGCCAUCAUGCCCAGGUCGUGCACCUCCCUCCAGAUCAGCAAGGAGACCCAAGGAAAGAUGGACCUUUUCCGGAAAUCCCUUUUAAAAGAGGGUGAAGAAUUCCUUUGCUGUUUUUUACCUGCGAAAAUAUCACAGUUGGACCAGUUCUUGAAGGAAGAUGCGCUGAAUGUCAAAGAUCUGACCUCUCUCCAUGCUCCGCUGGACAUUCCCAUUCCAGAUCCUCCUCCCAAAGAUGACGAGAUGGAAACAGAGAAGGAAGAGAAAGAAGCUCCCAAAUGCGGCUACCUGAAAGGCAACGAAGCCAUCCUGUCGCUUUUGGAUCGCGUCAAACCCGAAGUGCGGGAGUUCAAGGACAAGUGCGCCUUGGUAACAACCUGGAUUCAGUUCAUGAUUCCCAAAAUUGAAGAUGGGAAUGAUUUCGGUGUGGCGGUUCAGGAGAAGGUGCUUGAACGGAUCACAGCCCUGAAGACCAAAGCAGAAGCCUUCCAGACGGCCAUCGCCAAGUAUUACCUGGAACGUGGCGAUGCAGUGGCCAAGGCCUCCAAGGACACUCAUGUGAUGGAUUAUCGCUGCCUUGUUCACGAACGGGAUGAAGCGAUCUACAGGGAAAUCCAGACAGUGGUGCUCGAUAUCCGUGGAUUUUAUGCCGAGCUGUACCACAUCUUGAGCAAAAACCUGGAGAAGCUGACCAACCCUAAGGGCGAAGAAAAGCCAUCCAUGUAUUGAGGAUAGACUUCUUUGCCAGAGAAACAACUAUCAACUUAAAAACAAAUUAAAUAUUGACGUAGAAAGGAAAGGAUCAGUGAUGAAUUAAAUUAAAUACAUGGUAUUUAUACCUGGAUUUUUUUUGGGGGGGGGGAUUCCUAAAUGAAUCAUGCUUUGGGUUUUGAUGCAUCUAUACCAGGCAUGGGCCAACUUGGGCCCUCCAGGUGUUUUGGACUUCAACUCCCACAAUUCCUAACAGCCGGUAGGCU